AUGGCAGAGGCCAAAGCAGUCGUUAUGAAAUUCCAUGCUGCUAGCAAUACAGAGAGUUACGUUCCAUCAGAGGAAGAAAGGGAACCAAAACCAUAUACCAGUGCCAAGCCAUUCUAUUGUAACCUAACUCUCAUGCGGUACUCUUUGAUCAAUUCCAUUAAUUUUUUUGUGGUGUAUAAUUGCAAUUAUGUGAUUACACUCAAUACAGAGAAUCUCAGCGGGGAUUGUUUCCUCAAUUUUCUGAUAAAUGGACUUGUGGAUAUUCCGGCAAUCACUAUAGCCCUCUUAUUCAGCAACAAGAUAGGUCGGAAGAGGCUAUAUUUAUUUGGAAUGGCUGUUGCUGGACUGUCACUGCUGUGUAGUGCAACUACUCUUAUGUUGAUUGAGGGAGAUGCAAUCGCCUUGAUCAUCAUGACAAUGGUCGGGAAAACAGGAACAAGGAUUUCGAUGUGUAUUAUCUAUGUGUGGUCGGAUGAGCUCUUCCCCACUACAAUGAGGGGUAGUAUUAUGGGAAUCGGCGUGACCUGUGGUAAUGCCGGGUUAGUCGUGUCACCUUACAUAGCUAGACUGUCCACGAUUUUUCCUGAGGUGAUCGGCCCAGCAGGACCACUCAUAUUUGGAUCACUGGCCAUUGUGUCAGCGGUACUAACCCUUACAUUCCCUGAAACAAAACACAAAGCUCUACCGGAAACAUUGGCUCAUGUGCAACAGAUGACAAGAUAUUAA